CACGCCGCCAGACCGCGGAUGAUUGGCGAAACCAGUGCUCGAUUUUAAAAUGUAAGCCGGGCAGGAGUUCCUCUGUAAUUAACAAGGACAGGUUAAAUAAUGCACUAAUUACCACGCUGAUUGCUGGACAUUAACAGCUCUGGUCAAAGAGCCGUCCAGGCCACGCAUGUAUACCUGCCAUGACGUCAUACCGACCAUGGGACGCGCUCCAGAAGUUCCGGCACUCGCGGCGUCUGGUCCUGGUCAUCGUCUUUGUGGCCCUGUUUUUGGACAACAUGUUGCUCACGGUUGUAGUGCCUAUCGUGCCGAAUUUUCUAAGAAAAUUAGAAAAUCCUUACGUAGAGGUCAACCGCUCCAAGGCAGAUUUGGGCAUCACAGAGGCGCCGGUAAUGGAACUCAGGUGUCUCAACGUCACAUCCGGUCCCCCUCACAGCAACCUUUCGUUUGGGCCUGGCUUGGUCUGGGAUCGCUUCAAGGACUCCCCGCGCUACUACGCGCAUGCGUACGGCCAUCUGACCACACACGAGGAGUGCUACAACGAGUCCGUGUGGCGCAACUUGUCCGGGGUCUUCUUGACCGUGACGGAGAAAUCGCCAAGACGGGCAGAUUUGGAUGCCGAGAAUAUCGAAGUGGGAUUCAUGUUUGCCUCUAAGGCUAUCAUGCAGCUCAUAGCAAAUCCUUUCAUUGGGCCAAUUACUAACAGGGUUGGCUAUACCAUACCGAUGUUUACAGGCUUUGUGAUAAUGAUGGUGUCGACUAUCAUUUUUGCAUUUGGAGAAACCUACGCCGUUCUCUUUGCUGCCAGAACUGUCCAGGGCAUCGGGUCAUCGUGUUCCAGUGUCGCAGGUAUGGGGAUGAUUGCUUCUUAUUUUCCCGAUGAUAAGGAGAGGGGGAAUGCUAUGGGUAUAGCGCUCGGUGGCUUGGCCUUAGGAGUUCUGGUGGGUCCGCCGUUUGGGGGUGUCAUGUACGAGUUUGCUGGCAAGGAGGCGCCGUUUCUCAUUCUGGCAGCGCUCGCAUUCCUGGACGGUUGUCUCCAGCUCCUGGCUCUACAACCUUCUGUAAAACCGGAAUCCCAGGAAGGGACGGCUUUCAAAGAACUGCUCCGUGAUCCGUACAUCUUGAUCUGUGCCGGAACGAUAACUUUUGGUAACAUGGGUAUUGCCAUGAUGGAACCUUCAUUACCCAUUUGGAUGUACAAAACCAUGCAUUCGUCGGAAUGGCAACAAGGAAUAGCUUUUCUACCAGCUAGCAUAUCCUACGCUAUUGGCACCAACCUAUUCGGUCCACUUGCACACAAAAUAGGCAGGUGGUUGAGUGCAAUGAUUGGGAUGCUCAUUAUAUCCGUGUGCUGCUUCGCUUUACCAUUUUCCAAGAAUAUCGGCCAUCUCAUAGCCCCCAAUUUCGGAAUGGGAUUUGCUAUUGGGAUGGUGGAUUCCUCCAUGAUGCCACACAUGGGGUACCUAGUGGACCUACGUCACGUCUCCGUCUAUGGAAGCGUCUACGCCAUCGCAGACGUGGCAUUUUGUCUGGGCUUCGCUAUAGGUCCGGCACUAAGUGGAACUAUAGUCUCCAGGAUCGGAUUUCAUUGGAUGUUAUGGAUCAUCGCUAUUGUGAACUUGUUAUACGCACCCCUACUCUACUUCCUCCGUAACCCACCAGCAAGAGAGGAGAAGAUGAGUCUGAUCAUGAACGAGCAAUGCCCAGUCAAGUACGUGACCUACAAUCAAAACGAGUCCAGCCCACAGUCAGAAGAAGAGUACGACUAUUACGAGCAGUAGAGGUCGGCAGACGACUCCCAAAACUGGACGCACCAGACGAAACGAGCUCAAACAGUUGCGAUCUGCUAGAUGCUUCUACUGCUUCCCUUCUACAACACCAUCUGAAGGGAAUCACAUCAGCGUAUUAGUUGCGUAUGUCUGAUUCGUGGUGGUUAGGGUAGCUUAGUAAUACAUUUAGAAAAUUAACUUCAAAAAGUCGAUUUUAUUAUUUAAAUCUAAAUCCAUUUUAUAUAUUUUGGGAAUCUUUAAAAAACAGAGCGUUGAAGUAGUUGUAAUUUUUUUUUUUAAAUGUUACCCAACGUAAAUUUUCUUUUUAUUACGUCAUCGAUUGAAUGCGUUCAGUUCGCGCCUAGUGUCAAUACUUGCUUUCCUUAGAUGUGGUUGACCUGACAAUGAAUGAAUGACACAAUGCGAACCAGCAUUAAUAGAUCUGGACGAUUAUUUAUUUUUAAAUGUUUUAACAAAAGUAUGAAAACGACAAUGAAAAAAAAAGUCUGCCUGAG